AUGGGAAAUUACACAUCAGCAUGCGAUUGCAACUUCAUGAUCUCUCCAAGAACGAAGAACAACAAAGCAGCUAGAGUCAUAUUUCCGACAGGCGAAAUCCGGCAGUUUCAGGAGUCGGUCAAGGCAGCCGAAGUCAUGAUCGAAUGCCCAAAUUUCUUUCUGGUGAACUCGCAAUCAUUGAACAUUAACAGAAGGUUUUCUGCCCUGUCAGCUGAUGAAGAACUGGAGUCUGGGAAUGUGUAUGUUAUGUUUCCGAUGAGGCGGAUGAAUUCGAUGGUUACGCCAGCGGAUUUGGCGGUUUUAUGGAUGGAGGCGAAUGGUACGAGUAAGCGGAUUGAUGGGAAACUGACGCCAGAGUUGGAGAAGAGUGGUGGUGAGAAAUCCGUGGUGGAGGAGUGGAGGAUGCCGUUACUUGGCGCGGUCCCCCAGGUACCCGAGGUGCCGGAGUUUAGUUACCGGCUGAUGGUUUGUAGGUCGCGGAAGCCGUUACUGGAUACCAUUGCGGAGGAGACGGUUUUUUGUAGAUGA